GUCAAAUCAAACUAACAAAUAAACAUAUAAUAUUAUAUGUGUAAUAAACUAUAACCUCAGUGAAGUGGACAAAACUCCUCAAUUAAUAUCUUCUUCUUCUUUGUUCUUUUGAACAAUUGAGUUUUUAGCCAAAACAAAAACUGAAUGAAAAUGGGUAAUACCAAAACCAUUAUACUCCAUGAUGUAAUUGUAUUCCUACUACUUCUUCUUUGCAUGGAAAUGGGUUCCAUCCAAUAUUCCACAGCUCAACCUGGAAAUGGAAUACUUCUUCUUCCCACUUCUGAAGUGAAAGCCAUUAGAGAAAUAGCAGCACAGUUGAAUAAGAAAGACUGGAAUUUCAGUGAUCCAUGUAGUAACAAAACAACCAUUGAAAGGCCUCAUACUGAUCAGUACUUCAACACUAUCAUCUGUAAUUGUUCCAUCUCUGCAAAUGUAUGCCACCUCCAAUCCAUCACAUUUGUAGGACAGGAUCUUGAUGGGGUGCUUCCACCAUCUGUGGCAAAGCUACAAUAUCUUAAGCAACUUAAUUUGGGGCAGAACUACCUCAGUGGUACAAUACCUAGUGAAUGGGCUUCUACAAAGUUGGAAACACUGGUUCUCAGUGUCAACAAUUUAACAGGACCAAUACCAAGCUUUUUGGGAAGAAUAACUACUCUCAAAGCUUUGGGUCUGGAGAGCAACUCUUUUUCUGGAACAAUUCCCCCUGAGUUUGGAAAUUUGGUUAACAUGGAGAUUAUCUUUCUUAGUGCUAAUAAUCUCACCGGAACAUGGCCUGCAACUUUCGCUAACAUGACUAAUUUAAAAACUCUUAGGAUUAGCAGCAAUAACUUUACUGGAAGACUACCGGAUAUUUUCAGGAGUUGGAAACAACUUCAGAAUUUUGAGUUACAAGGAAGUGGUUUUGAAGGGCCAAUUCCAUCUAGUAUUUCGGUCUUGAAUAAUUUGUUGACACUAAGGAUUAGUGACUUGAAAGGCGAGAGCUCGGAAUUUCCAGACUUAAGAAGCAUGAACAACAUGCAGAAAUUAAUGUUGAGAAGCUGCAAUAUAAGAGGAAGAAUUCCUGACUAUAUAUCUACAUUGACAAAUCUGGUGACUUUAGACCUUAGCUUUAACAGAUUGGAAGGGACUAUUCCGAAUUUUGCAAAUAUAAUGGGAUUGAGCACAAUAUUUCUGACAAGUAACCAGCUGACGGGGCUCAUCCCGGACUGGAUCAGUAGUAGAGAUAAUCGAUAUGCAAUAGAUCUUUCUUACAAUAAUUUUACUAAAAUUUCCGGUCCACCAGCUUGCCGAGAAACCUUCAAUCUGUUUAGAGCUUUUUCGCAGCAAAGCAACAAAUUACUCGCCCCGUGCUUGAAUCCAUGUUCAAAAGACCGAUAUUCGGUGCAUAUAAACUGUGGUGGCAAAGAAGUUUCCAUUGGAAACAUCAAGUAUCAAGCCGAUGAAGAUGUAGGAGGUAGUGCAAAGUUCUUCCAGAGUCCAGCUGAUUGGGGAUUUAGCAGCACUGGUGACUUUUGGGAUAUUUGGAGUAGCACAAAAGACCACAUAGCAAACAAUGCAUCUGUUCUCCGAAUGAAGAAUUCAGAGUUGUAUACAACUGCUCGCCUCUCUCCUCUCUCGUUGACAUACUAUGCUCGGUGUCUAGCAAAUGGACCUUAUACUGUCAAACUUCACUUUGCAGAGAUAAUAUUAAGGGACAACAGAUCAUAUUACAGUGAUGGUAGCCGAAUGUUUGAUGUUUAUGUCCAGGGAAAACUAAAGUUGAAGGACUUUGAUAUCGAAAAAGAGGCAAAGGGAGUUGAUAAAGAAGUGAUUAGGAACUUUACUGCAAUGGUGACUGAUAAGACAUUGGAUAUUCGUUUUCAAUGGGCGGGGAGAGGGACAACAAAUGUUCCGAGGCGAGGGAUGUAUGGUUCUCUUAUUUCAGCUAUAUCUAUGGAGUCUAAUUUCAAACCUCCGGAUGAACACAGGAGCACGAAAAUUAUUGUUGCUGGGGUUGUUUCUGCAUUGCUCCUUAUUCUCAUGAUCUUAGUUAUUCUUUGGUGGAAAGGCUAUUUCGAAGGCAAGCCAUCAAGGGAACAAAUUUUGAAAGGAUUAGACUUGCAAACUGGUUUCUUUUCAUUUAGACAAAUUAAAGCGGCCACUAAUAACUUUCAUCCCGAAAAUAAGAUCGGUGAAGGUGGCUUUGGAUCCGUAUUCAAGGGUGUGCUGUUAGAUGGUACUCUCAUUGCAGUUAAACAACUAUCUUCGAAAUCAAAGCAAGGAAAUCGAGAAUUUGUUAAUGAAAUAGGCAUGAUUUCGGCUUUACAACACCCGAAUCUUGUCAAAUUGCAUGGAUGUUGUAUCGAAGGAAAACAACUAUUGUUGGUGUAUGAGUACAUGGAAAACAAUAGCCUUGCUCAUUCUUUAUUCGGUGGACAUGAAGGUGCGGCGAAAUUAGACUGGCAAAUGAGGCAGAAGAUCUGUAUUGGGAUUGCGAAAGGUUUGGCUUUCCUGCACGAGGAAUCGCCACUGAAAAUUGUUCAUAGGGACAUUAAAGCAAACAAUAUACUACUUGAUAAGGACCUUAAUCCUAAAAUUUCGGAUUUUGGUCUUGCUAAACUAGAUGAAGAAGAGAACACUCACAUUACCACCAGAGUUGCUGGAACCAUAGGAUACAUGGCACCAGAGUAUGCAUUAUGGGGUUAUUUAACAUUCAAAGCAGAUGUUUACAGCUUCGGAAUAGUUGCACUUGAACUCGUGGCUGGAAUAAACAAUAUGAAAUUUCGCCCAAAUGAAGAUUAUGUUUGUCUUCUAGAUUGGGUUCUUGUUUCGCAACAAAAAGGAAACUUAAUGGGAGUGGUGGAUCCCAAGUUGGAAUCCGAGUUCAACCACGAAGAAGUAUUUCGAAUGAUUAAAGUAGCUUUGUUAUGUACUAAUCCCUCACCAGCGCUUCGGCCAACCAUGUCAGCAGUAGUGAGCAUGCUCGAAGGCCGCACACUUGUUCACGAACUGAUUAUGGAUCCAAGUGUUUAUGGCGAUCAAUCGAGAUUCAAGGCCUUAACAGAAUACAUUGAUCACCUCAGAAGUCCGAGUUCGAAAGAACCUGCUCAGCAGAGCUUCUUUUUUUCAUCUGAAGCUUCGAGGUUAGGCCGUUCCUCUUCGACAGCCCCGUCUACAUCAAAUAGCAACCAAACAUAAACUCAACAGAAUCCAUCAGAGUGCUAAACUACAUUCAUUAAUUCGUUCAAUUGUACAUAACAAACUAAAUUGAAGAUGUAGCUUUGGAUUUUGUCCGUUUUGGAGACAAAUCCGGUUAUGUAGUUUAGGUUCGGUUUUAUGUGGAAUUGGAUUGGAUUGGUUGAUAAUUGUCCGAAACGAAAUAAAGUUUUUUCUAUAUCUA